UUGAAUCGGGCGCGGCCGCCGCCCCCCCCGCCCCCCAUGGACUUCUCGGGGCUGUUCCGGCUCUCGGGGCUGCUCGGCAGGUUCUCCCCCAACGGCAAGUGCCUGGCUUCCUGCGUGCAGUACCGGCUGGUGGUGCGGGACGUGAGCUCCCUCCAGAUCCUCCAGCUCUACACCUGCCUGGAUCAGAUCCAGUACAUAGAGUGGUCGUCGGACUCUCUGUUCAUCCUGUGUGCCAUGUACAAGCGUGGGAUUGUUCAGGUCUGGUCCCUGGAGCAGCCAGACUGGCACUGCAAGAUCGACGAGGGGUCUGCAGGACUGGUGGCUUCAUGCUGGAGCCCAGAUGGUCGUCACAUCCUCAAUACCACCGAGUUCCAUCUGCGGAUAACGGUCUGGUCCCUGUGUACCAAAUCUGUCUCUUACAUCAAGUAUCCCAAAGCUUGUCAACAGGGAAUAGCCUUCACGAAGGACGGACGCUACGUGGCGGUGGCAGAGAGACGUGACUGCAAGGACUUCAUCAGCAUCUUUGUGUGUAGUGACUGGCAGCUGCUCAGGCAUUUUGACACUGAAACACAAGAUCUGUUUGGGAUUGAAUGGGCUCCUAAUGGCUGUGUGCUGGCAGCGUGGGACACAUGUCUGGAGUACAAAAUCUUGCUGUACUCCCUGGAUGGCAGGCUGCUCUCCACCUAUCGGGCUUACGAAUGGUCAUUGGGCAUCAAGUCUAUUGCCUGGAGUCCCAGCAGUCAGUUUUUGGCAAUUGGCAGCUAUGAUGAAAAGGUGCGUAUCUUGAACCACGUCACUUGGAAGAAGAUCACAGAGUUCGAGCAUCCAGCAACUGUUGAUAACACCAAGGCUAUUGUUUAUAAAGAAGUGGAGAAAUCCCCACCUGUUGAAACAGAGAGACUCUCUUUCCCUCCAACCAGAAAACUGGCUAGUUCUCUCUUCAGCACACAAAGUAAAUAUGACAUUUCCCAGGUGCCAGUUUCUCUACAGUAUGUCAAACCUGUUGCUGACAGGGCAAAUCCCAAAAUGGGAAUUGGGAUGUUGGCAUUCAGUCCAGAUAACUGUUUUCUGGCAACCAGAAAUGAUAACAUUCCUAACGCUGUCUGGAUCUGGGACAUCCAGAAGCUGAAACUGUUUGUAGUCCUGGAGCAGCUGUGUGCCAUCCAGUCUUUCCAGUGGGAUCCACGGCAGCCUCGCCUUGCUCUGUGUACAGGGAACAGCAAAGUCUACCUGUGGUCCCCAGCUGGCUGUGUGUCUGUCCAGGUUCCUGUGGAAGGGGACUUCCAGAUCGUGUCUCUCUCCUGGCAUUCCAGUGGAGACUCCAUGGUGCUUCUGAGUAAGGACAGCUUUUGUGUGUGUUACUUGGAAAGAGAAGAGGUAAAAUAACAGUUGUUUGCACUAGAAAUGCUCCCAAGUUUUUGAGGAACAAGGAGGAAAGGAGUCAAACCCUGCUGCCCAAUUGGAAGGUUUUGUAUUUAUAAGUUAUUUAUUUGAAGGAGGUGCCCAAACUCCAGUGUGUGAAGUCCUGUGAUUGCCUUUGAAUGAAGUGAUGUAGCAACUCAAGUGUAGAGAGUGAAGUCUGGAUUUCAAGGAAACUUCAGUGUUGAUGUAGUUGAACUUUCCCUUGAACUUUGUCAACUAUGGAAACCUUAUUUUCUAAAAUUGUAGCUGUGUGUAUAUAAUGUAUAGCUAUUAUUUAAAUUUUUAUAAUUUCUAAUAAAUAUUUUGAUAGUUACAAACUUGA